CGCACAGUGCACCACUUAUAGCGGUGUAUAAAGUCUAAAUAAAGCUUGCAGUUUUCAAGAUAAUAAUAAUUAUUAUUAUAUUUAUUAUUAUUACACUCUCGAAAAAAGAAAAAAAAAAACACACACACAAUGAAGACGCCUCCUCAGAAACGCGUGUAUCCUAAACUGCCCGUGUGGAUUGUGGAGGACCAUCAUGAGGUUGUGAAACACAUAUAUCGUGCCAUUGGCUCGAAACAUAUUCCAAUGAAGGACCUGAAAAUGAUCCAUUUGGACUCCCAUCCUGAUCUCCUCAUCCCUGUGAACAUGCCUGCUGAUACAGUCUACGACAAAGAGACUCUGCUCAGUGAGCUGAGCAUUGAGAAUUGGAUUAUGCCAAUGGUCUAUGCUGGACACGUAUCCCACGUAGCCUGGCUGCAUCCGUACUGGGCUCAGCAGAUCAAAGAAGGACAGCAUUCUAUGUGUGUGGGGAAAGAUUCAUCCACAACCACCAUCAGGGUCACAAGCAGAGACGAUUACUUUUUGAGUGACGCUCUUUACGUUCCACUGGAUCAGCUGGAAAACCCAAAAGAGUUGCAUUUAAAUGUCAUCCGCGUGGAUCCUGUUGACAGUUCGCAGGAAAGGUCGCGUGGAAAUGGCCAAAGUGGUGCUAAAAUACCAAAACCGACUGCAAAAGAGGACAGAGAUGUGCAGUUAAAACAGGAGUCCCCGUGCACUUCCUCUCCUCGACCGCUUGAUGGCAGCACUGCGUCGGGAAACUGCAGUCACACAGUCACGAAGACCGAGGAGGGCUCAACAAACUGCAUCACGGAGCGGCUUUUAGCGGUUAUAGAGCAAACUGACCCGUUCAUACUUGACAUUGACUUGGAUUUUUUCUCCUGUAAGAACCCUUUCAAGGAGAUGUACACGCAGGAAGAGUGUGCUCUCCUGCAAGAGUUGUACAGCUUUAGCAGGCCACAGCAGGAUUCAGACGAGGAGGAGCUCUUAGAUUGUGUAGAGAGACGAACUCGCCAGCUUGAAGACCUGGAGGCUGCAUUUGCUGAACUGCUAGAGGAUGACAGCCAGGAAACUGUUGAACGUUUAGCAGCAAACCCAAGAAUGAAACCUCUUGUCAGACUUGUACACAGCCUUAAGAAUCGAACUCAGUCACCGGACUAUGAAAUGGUGCAUCAAGCAGGCUUGACCUGUGAUUACUCCGAGCUCCCUCACCACAUCAGCAGUGAGGAGGAGAUCCAGCAGUUGAUCACGGCCGUGCAGCUCUUCCUGAAAGCCCUGCCCAAACCCACCAUAGUCACUAUAUCCAGAUCCAGUUUAGAUGAGUAUUGCCCAGCGGAGCAGGUGGAUUCCAUCCAGAACAGCGUGCUGAACAUUCUAGAGUCCCUCUUUGGCUGCUUAGAUGUUCACAGAGAGUAUGAAUCAAUACCAUCGGAGAUCGCAUCACAGACGCCAUGAGGAGGGACGGAGGGAGGGAGGUUAAAUUCAGCAGCAGCUGCGGCAUAUUCUUUACCAGUAGCUGCUUUCAGAAGAGUGGAUGUAGCAAAGCUUUUAAAACCUUGCUGUGAUUUAGCUGUGUACUCUGUUACUGCCUGCUUUGAGUGCAUAUGUAACAGUGAGGUUGAGAUGCAUAGAUGCAAAUGCAUUCAUUCAAAGUAAGAGAUGGCGAAACACUGGGUAAUAUUUGUUUCUGAAUUGUCACCAAAUUAAUUGUUUAUUAGCACAGUAAAGUAAAAAGCCUAAGACUUUCAUAUGAAUUCUGUGCUGGAGUCAUUUAUCCUUUGUGCAUGCAUACUUCAGUCUGGGAAUAGCAGAUACAUUGAUACAAAACUGCACAUUUCCCCUUUUUCUGUGUGGCCCUUUGUGCUUCGGCUGUCUUUGUCUGAAGCCUGAGGUGGUUACCAAUUCACCUGAGCUUUGUACAUUUCACCCUCCUUUAUUGCUCUAUGCCCACAGACUUGUAGACUGGCCUGAAUAUGCCUGACCUGACUUUUAAUUUCACUGCAUGACAAAACAACUAUAAGCUAGUAAAAGGAUAGUUCACGAAAGAGUGAACAUUUUUACCAUUUACUCACCCUCAUUUCGACCCAAAUUUGCAUGGCUUUUUUUCUUCUGUGAAACAAAAUGUCAAAUAAAAAUCAGUGGGGUCCAGUGUUGUUUUGAACCCACGAUUGAAUCAC